CGCACGACCAAAAAAAAAAAAAAAAAAGAAAAACGAAGAACAAGAAGAAAAAAGAGAAAGAUCGCAGUUUCCGUUCUUUUGUUCGUGCUUCUGUUGUACUGUUGUUUGUGACCGAGUUCCUAAUUAGCGUAUCCGUUAAUUGACUCUGCCUUAAGGACUCUCUUCGCAAUCAGUUCAAAACCAGACCUCGAACCAAGAUCCUGUUGAGACCAUGGACGACUUCUAAUUCUUUUUAUCGAACAACUCAACUGUAACAAGAAGAUAGUGAAGGUUUGGUGCGAAUCAAUUGGAUGCAUUUUUGAACUGUGUGCCUUCACUUCAACAAUUCCCAAAACGUGAGUGACGGACGGAUCCAUGGUAUGAAUGAAUUGCUAUCCAGCAACACCAAAUUAUAAAUAUUCUAUUGGAAAAGAGGAAUUUAGUGCUAGCAAUGGAAGAAACAACAAAAUCAGAACCCAAUCUCAAGUCAAAGAUUUCCUUUAGUGUGGAAUCCUUGUUGUCGAACAAUAAUCCUUCGGAAGCGGUGGCUCCUUUCAAUGGCGAGGAUCAAUACCAAAGUGACGAUGAGCACAUCGAAAUCGACGAUGAUCUGAGUGAAGAUUACGGUAGACUUAACGACAGUUUAGAAGAAUCAAAAACAUUUAAAAGUAGUGAUAGUGACAAGGACGAUCUUGAAAGUAGACUCAGUGGAAGUCCAAAUGCUUCCCAUUCAGUUCUCGUUCCUCAGCCUCUUCAUCCAUCCAUACCGUCGUUGCUUAGCACGGGAGGACCUCCUCCGUGGAGUUUUCCCUGGCUAAGCCAGCAAUCGCAACUUUUUAGAACAGGACUUCCCCAAAACAGUUUAUCCAGUUCGUCUCCUAACAAUCCUGGAGGACCGCCGGUAGUGAGAUGCACUCUACGAAAACAUAAACCUAAUCGAAAACCACGAACACCUUUUACAACUCAACAGUUGAUGGCACUGGAAAAAAAGUUUAGAGACAAGCAAUACCUUAGUAUUGCAGAGAGAGCAGAAUUCUCCAAUUCGCUGAGACUUACCGAAACUCAGGUGAAAAUUUGGUUUCAAAAUAGGAGAGCGAAAGCAAAAAGGCUACAGGAGGCCGAACUAGAGAAAUUGAGAAUAGCCGCUAGACCUUUGCUGCCCCCUACGUUCGGUUUGUUCCCGGGUCCUUCGGGACAAAUAAUGUCACCUUUCUUGGCUGCCAUGGCAGCUAGACCGCCAAACUUUACUCUCUUCCCAACGUCUCAAAGUCAGCUAUUGCAAAAUAUACCGCAGUCAAUAAUAUAAACUGUAGCAGGACAUUAACGAAAUUUGUCAAGAUCCUUGUUUAAAUAAGCAAAGGAUAACGACUUUUAAUACCCACUAAUAGGGUGUUUAAACGCCAAAAAUCUCCUUUAAAGUGUGCCAGCCUAAUAAAGGACAACAUUAAAAUUUGACUGCGACAUUAUUGUGUUCCAGUCGUGGACUAAUACGCGAGGACUUCAAAUCUUCUCUUUACGAUGUUGUUAAAACUUAAUGACAAAAUAACUUACUUUGAAGUUAUUUUAAAUGUGCAAUAACAUGUAUGAUACAAACAUCAAAGACACUUUAAUAAAGACUGAUAUACAUAUUUGUACAUAUAAAUG